AUGCGCUCAUCAUCCCGCGGUCCCGAGACCCCAACUCCUGCCUCCAGGGAGAGCAAACCUGAGCCGGGCACUGGCAAUGACAUUGGCGCCAAUAGCGAUAAGCCUAAGACAAUCCCCAUCAAAGUCGUCGAUCAGCAGGGCACCGAAAUUACCUUCAAGAUCAAGCGCAACAAGCCUUUACAAAAGAUUAUAGAUGCCUAUUGUAGCCAUAAGGAAAUCAGGGACCAGAAGAUGGUGAGGUUUACUUUUGAUGGGGAUAGGGUUCAGACAAAUGAUACAGCGGAUAGUUUGGAGAUGGAUGAGGAAGGCCGUAUUGAUGUUUUCUUUGAGCAGCAAGGAGGCGGUCUUGAUAAUUAA